UUUUCCCAGAGCCAGAGCCAAAGACAAAGCAGAAAACGGAAGUUAGAAGGAUCCAUGAAUGUCAAACUGUAGCAUCGUGGGCUGCGCUUUUAAGUAACGUAAAAUAACAAUGUCAGGGUACAGUUUGUUUAGGACAGUAGCGUUAACGAAAUGCAUCACAAACAACGCUACAACAGUGCUCUGCAGGACGAACAUGUUAAACAGGAUACAGACAUGUGGAUAUGCGAAGAAAGUUGCCGCCAAAGGGAAAGGGAAAGGCAUGGUGAAGGAAGAGCUGAAAGGUCCAGAAGUGUGUAAAGACCCUGUCAGACUUACUUCGUAUGCAGUAGGGGUCAACAUCUUCAAGCAAGGAGAGGACCCCAAACUGAAGCCCCCGGAGGAAUACCCAGAGUGGUUGUUCCAGUUGAACCUGGGAACACCCAAAAAGUUGUACGAGCUGGAGUCGGACAGCUGGGAAUACUGGAAGCGUCUGAGGAAGGAAAACAUUUGGCGUUUCAACAGGCUACAUAGAGGGAAGAAGUUAUAAGCCAUCCCUAGUGUGACAGCGGGGAGCUCUUCUUCUGUACAUCGACGUGCUUCAGACUCUAUGAACUGAAUUGCCAUGACAUUGACAUGUUCAGAUCCCAGGUCAAGUUCCUGAAUGAAAUAUCAUUAGACCAUCUGUUAACCACUGUUUGCCAUCCAUCUAGCAGGUUAUCUGAAGUCAUUUAUCAUAUUCAGUGGUUUCCCUGCAUUGGCCCUCAGAGAACAGUAUUUGUAAAUUGAAAGAAAGCUUGUAACUGUCUCUGAUAUACAGUAUAGGACUUCAGGAAAUUUAUCGAUGGUUAUCUUGAACACAGGGGGAAAAAUAUAAGACCUGACCUCAAAAUGCAGUCGAACACAAUACAUCACCACAAUAUCAACAUAAAGUGAACAUCAGAAGCAAAAAAUGCAGACUGAAAGUACAUUCUGACCUUGGAAACAAUCUCCCCAAAAGGUCCGCUUAGUAGCUUUUGAUACAAUCGAAAGCUCCAGAACAGCUACUAAAUGGACCUUGUGGUGAGAGUUCAAAAAGGUACUUUAUUGUAUGUAAUGCAGGGGUAUCACAUUGGAUUUAAUUAAUUAGUACAAUGGCGAUGAUUUUUCCACAAACCACUUUCACUUUUUUUAUUUGGAAGACUUAUUAUAAAUAAACAUGAAUAAAUA